GAGGAGGUGGCGGCGAUCAUGACGGACGACCGCGGCGGCGCGCUCGGCCCGUCCCUCGGAGCGUUCCACGCGUGCUACCUCGUCGGCAGCCUCGACCCGGCGAGGAAGGGCCGGUCCUACGUCGGCUUUACCGUCAACCCCGAGCGGCGCAUCAGGCAGCACAACGGCGUGCUCGCCGCCGGGGCGAGGUACACGCGCAGGCUCCGGCCGUGCGAGAUGGUCCUCCUCGUGCACGGGUUCCCGUCGAAGGUCCAGGCGCUGCAGUUCGAGUGGGCGUGGCAGAAGCCCGCGCUGAGUCGCGCGGUGAGGGAGGCGGCUGCGCGGCUCAAGGUGAGCGACAGAUCGUCCUCGUUGGUGAACAAGACGAGGCUGGUCAUGGCGAUGCUGCACGUCUCUCCGUGGAAUAACCUACCGUUGCGCGUGCACUUUCUCAAUCCGGAGUACGCGAAGCUCGCCAAGGACAAGUGCGACGCCCCGCCGGAGCACGUGGAGGUUGCCGUCGGGGACAUGGACGCGCUCAAGCGAUCGGUGGGCGGGUCCUUCAACGACGGGAAAGAUCUCGACGAUUCAGACGACGAUUCAGACGACGACGAAGACAGCCGCGUCGUCACCAUCGACGGGGAUUCCAUCUCCGAGAUGCCGUCCAUCUCGGGCGCGUUCGCAUCGCGAAGGAGGUGCGCCGCGUGCGGCGGGGAAGGGGUUCGCGGCGCAGGGGCGCGGGUCGCGUGUCCGCGGUGCGAUUGCGUCGCGCACCCUCGUUGCAUGGCGUCGCAUUUUUUCGCCAGCUGUGCGCAGUCAUCAGAGAAGUCGGGGCCCGGGACGCCGCGGCGACCCACCCGGACGCUGAUACCGCGAGGAGGGCCGUGCCCGGCGUGUGGGGCUUCGCUGUCUUGGGGCGCGGUCGUGGCCGCCGGGAGAAGGACACGGACACGACCGGCGCCGAACCGAAAAGAGGACAACACAGCUGGCACAGCUGGCAUAAUAAAUGGCACAGCUGGCGCGAAACCGCCGCCGCCCCUUCCCGUGGACGUCGACGCGGCGUGUACUCGACGGGCGGAGGCACGGGCCGCGCACGCCGCGAGGGUCGCGGCGUGGGCGGACGCCAGCCUGGACGCCAGCCUGGACGAAGACACAGCUGUGAACGACGACGACGACACAGCUGUGGACGACUCGGACGUCGAGGAGGCGUACGCGGCGCCGUUGGCGGAGAGGCUGGAGGCGAAAUGGAUGCGAAACGGCACGGGGCCCCGGAACGUCAUCAAGAUAUCGGUGAGCCCGUAGACGAGGAGAAUGGGCGACCGCGCUUAGGAAUGACUUUCGCUUGCGCACGCCUAAUAGUACUGGUAGGAACGUAACGGACUUUAACGCUCACGACAGGAACUCC